UUCCCCUGCUUUUCCAAGAUGUGAAUAAUCAAAACUAGUAAAGCGGAGUAGCUUCCAAAGACAACGUUAAUUGAUGUAUACGCCUUCCACAAGUUUAUAUUCUUACGUUAAGGAAUCUUUGGUUGGCUGCUUACAUACUUUUGGACUUGUCUGCCUCAUUCACUUUGUUGAAAUCUCCGAGGAUUCUUGUUCGUUCCCUACAACCCAAGGUGCUAUACAAGGAGUGCGUAUUACUUGGAAAGCAUUCUCUUGUUAGCAACAUGCCUAGCCGCUCAAAAUCCGAUUGCUAAUUUGUCUCCUCGAAUCGCUACAGCUUCUGAUCUACCACUGAACCCACCGAUUCUCCCGGAAAGACAUGUGCCUGGCUUUUCAUCGAUCAUGGCCUCUUGCGCUCAUGUUGGUGUUGCUAGUUGCUUCCUGCAACUUAUCAGAUUGCUAUGACCCAAUGGAUCCGAAUGGUAACAUCACAAUUACUUUUGACAUUCAUAAAUGGACCAAUGAUGGCUAUGUGGCAAGGGUGACUGUACAAAACUACUAUCAGUACCGACUUGUGGACAAACCCGGUUGGACGAUCGGGUGGACAUGGGCCAAUGCCGAGGUCAUCUGGUCUAUGUACGGCGCUUUUGCGACCCAACAGGGUAACUGCUCCAACCACAUGUUCCAGGUCCCACACUCGUGCAAGAAAGACCCAGUCAUUCUUGACCUCACACCUGAAGCCGCCCCUGAGAACCGGACCGAGGGAUGCUGCCAGAGUGGUCUCCUCUCAGCCUGGUCUGUGGUUCCCUCCAAGUCAUUCUCUUCCUUCGAGAUUCAAGUUGGUGGAUUAGGCAAAAUGACAACUGUUCAUCCUCCAGUGAAUCUCACGCUGUUGGGCCCUGGCCCUGGCUACACAUGUGGACCUGUUUCAGACGCAGAGCCUACAGUCUCUUCCGAUAUUGGGGGCAAGAGAAAAGUUCAAGUUUUCAGGACAUGGAAAUCGACUUGCACAUACUCAGCUUUCUUGGCGAACAAAUCACCUGUCUGUUGUGCCUCACUCUCGAGUUUCUACAAUCCCACCGUCACGUCCUGCCCGAUGUGCAGCUGCGGGUGCAGCGAAGCAAAGCAGAAUACAUCUUCAUGUAUAAGUCCAGGAAAUGCACAUCCAAACUCUCGGGAUGACACCGAUGUGCUUCAAUGCACUGAUCACAACUGCCCUGUUCGGGUCCACUGGCACGUUAAAAACAACUAUGCAGAUCACUGGAGGGUUAAGCUUACUGUCUCUAACUAUAAUUACAAAAGGAACUAUUCCAACUGGAACAUACUCGUGCAGCAUCCUGGGUUCAACCAGUCCUCAAAGGCAUUCAGCUUCAACAGCACAAUGCUUCCGACAGUCGGCUUUGAAGAUGAGGUUGCCCUCUUCUGGGGAUACGACUCAUACAACAACGAACUCCUUCAGGCCAACCAUGACCAACUCGGGUCGGUCACAACAGAGAUACUUCUAGAAAAAGAUGCAGAUUCAUUCACACUAAGCAACGGUUGGGCUUUCCCUCGGAAAAUAUACUUCAAUGGUGAGAACUGUCAAAUGCCCCUCCCUGAUACAUUUCCAAUGCUACCUAAUCACGAUGUCGGCCUACAUCCACCUCCUCUUGGAUUCCUCCUGUUGCUCACCCUAUUGAGCCUGAAACAGCUGCUAGAUUGAUCCUGCUGAAAUGAUUGAUAGUUUGGGACAUGACAGGCCACUAGCAAUUGAUUUUUGAUCUGUUUCGCAGUUGUGUGAAUUAACAUGUUAAAUGACUGCUCACUGCUACAAAUUUGUCUAUUUGUUUGUGGAGUAUUGAGUUCUGCUCUUAAUCGGUUCUUUUCCGCUUUGUAUGUAAAAUUCAUAAUUUUCAUAUAUCUCAUCUGUUUUCUAAGUCGCUCAU